CCUACCGGCAGCCAGAUGAGGAUGGGGCUGGCUUUAUAUGCGGAAGUUUCAGUUCCGCUCAGACACAGUUCACUUCGAAACUGAGACCAGACGGACUAAAGUCCCGCUUCUCUCUCUCUCUCUCUCUCUGCACACCAGACCCGGCUUCACAAGGCAAGGUGAAUCAUGAGCAGCAACUACAGUGUCUCCCUGGCUGGCCCUGCACCCUGGGGCUUCAGACUGCAAGGAGGGAAGGACUUCUGUCUGCCUCUCACCAUCUCACGGCUGACUGAUGGAGGCAAGGCAGCAAAAGCCAAGAUGAGUGUUGGAGACAUCAUUCAGUCCAUUAAUGGCAUUUCCACAGAUGGCAUGAAUCACCUCGAGGCCCAGAACAAGAUUAAGGCCUGCACAGGCAACCUCAGCCUCACCAUGCAGAGACCCUCCAGUGCCCCUAAAGAUGACGUACCCAAGGACGAGCCUCAAGAAAUCAUUAAGCCUGUCCCAAUCACUCACCCUGCUCCGAGCACCGCAUACACCAAGCCGUUGAGUCAGCCCAGUGCUGCAUACAACAAGACGGCCCGGCCUUUUGGGGGGGGGGACAGCAGUGUGGUCACAGCUUCCUCCCCGGCCGCCCCCUCCAUUCCCUCACAGUCAUCCGCUUUCAAGCCGGCUGCCCCUUCUCAACCGCCACAGCCUCCGUUUCUGCUGAAGUCCAGCAUCCCCGCUCCGGACUCAGCUCCCAGGCCCAGCCCUGGUCGCUCCACCUCCGCCUUCACCUCCCCGUCUGCCUCUUCCUCCUCAUCUAACUCCUCCUCUCCAGCCAGAGUGACAGCCCCCUCCUCCAACCCUAAUGUCCCGCAGCCCUCCGUCUAUAACACACCUAUCAACCUCUACUCCAACAACAAUGCUUGUGAGGUGGUCAUGGGACAGAGACGAGGUCUGUUGGAGAGCCAGGGGCUGUCAGAGAACUUCAAUGGGAAACCUAAUGUGGAGGCAGAGGAUCAUGCAUCCUCACCGAAUGACGCAAGCAAGAAGCGUCUGAUCGAGGACACGGAGGACUGGCACCCAAGAACCGGCACCUCCCAGUCCCGCUCCUUCCGUAUCCUGGCUCAGCUCACCGGCACUGAGAAUGAGCAAGCUCCAGACAACAGUGGAAAGAAUGAGGCAGUUGACCAAACCACUCCCGCUGCGUACACCUCGCCUGCAGCCAAAACAUUUUCCAAAUCUGCAGCAUCACCCAGGAAUGGCAACGUCGUCCCUGCUUCCACAUACAAGAGCCCAGCGGCCCAGAACAAGCCUGUUUUCCAGGCUGGAGGUCCACCAGGUUUUCAUAAGGGAGGAGCAGCUCCUUCAUUUGGCAAAGUUACCACCCCUGCUGCUCCCAAAGGUCCAGAGCGCCCCACCCCACAGCCACAUCCACAGGACCUCAACUCUCUGGUGCAGCGGGCCGAGCACAUCCCAGCCGGGAAGCGCACCCCGAUGUGCAACAAGUGCAACAAUGUCAUCAGGGGCCCGUUCCUCGUGGCCAUGGGCAUGUCAUGGCACCCCGAGGAAUUCAACUGUUCUCGCUGCCACUCCUCCCUGGCAGACGGUUGUUUUGUGGAGGAGAAGGGCCAGGUGUACUGCGAACGUUGCUACGAGCAGUACUUGGCUCCCACCUGCGGCCGCUGCCAGCAGAAGAUUCUGGGGGAAGUCAUGAAUGCCCUGAAACAGACCUGGCACGUGUCUUGCUUCGUCUGCGUCGCCUGCCAACAGCCAAUCAGGGGCAGCACAUUUCACAUGGAGGACGGGCAGCCGUACUGUGAAAAAGACUACUACAACCUGUUCGGGUCCAGUUGCCACGGCUGUGACUUCCCCAUCGAGGCCGGGGACAAGUUCCUGGACGCUCUAGGAUUCACCUGGCAUGACACCUGCUUUGUGUGUGCGGUCUGCUCUGCUAGUCUGGAAGGUCAGGCAUUCUUCUCCAAAAAAGACAAGCCUUUGUGCAAGAAACAUGCCCACACUGUCAACGUCUGACCUGCCCCCAUGAAUAUGAAUGGGAAAGGGCAACGGUGUCAGUAUACAGUCAGAUGUUAAAUAUUUUCAGAAUUAUUUUCAGAACUAACAUUGGGUCAGAGGUUCCACUAUAAGCUUUAUUUUUGCUCGAAUAUUGUUAUGUGAUAUCAGUUUUAUAUGCAAGAGUACAUUUCAAUACACUGUUAGCCCCCCUGCCAGUUCAAAGUGGAUUUACACGUGUUUGUGCUGAGCUUUUUUUAUUUGAGCUCUUGAUGGGCAUUUUAUGUUUCACACAUAAUAGGAUAGUUUACUGCAAUGACCUACUGAGCCCCUCGGGGGUCACAUAUUAGAAAGAAAUAUUGAUGUGGAAAGAUAUGCUAUUAGUAAAGCGAGUGAAAGGUUUAGAAACUAUGAUUAUUUAACAUUAAGGGGGACAAUUAUUUAUUUGUAAGCAAGGAUUGCUCAGUCAACUUACGUUCUGGCAACAAAAAGACUUCUGGCCUUCAGAAUAAAAAAUGGGAAAUUUUAAUAUUAUAUUGUUAUUUUUUAUUUGUUUUAAAGUAAUAUGAUAUAUAACCGUUCCCAGCAAAAGAAAGCACAAAAAAAAAGUACAGCAGUGUGUACAUUAGACACUGUGCAGAUCAAGCUUCAUUGUUAUUGCAUAAAAAUUACAUGUAUGGAUAAAGUCUGGUCAUGAUGGAGAGGACUCCAUAAUAGAUUGUGUUGUUAAUGUAUAUUUUGUGAUACAUACAGUAUAGUUCAGGGGCAGCAUGCUUCCAGUGAAUUCCUACAUGAAUCUGUAUUUCAUUCAACCAGCUCCUGGUAUUAAAAUGCAUCAAAUUUGAA